AUGAUGGAGGUUAACGGAGACAAGCACGAAAAACACCUUGUGAAGCUCAAAUGUUCGGUUCAAAACUACGAUUGGGGUCGAAUUGGCUACGAUUCGAGGGUUGUCAGGCCGUUUGAAAGGAACUGUGGGGGUCAAAUUAAAGAAAACAAGCAUUACGUUGAGUUUUGGAUUGGUAUCUAUCUUCGUUCCUUCAACAGAUUGGGAAGGGGAAACGAAUGGAAGCAUGAAUCGAAGGCUCCGGCAGUGAAGUUAUCAAAUCGCAAGGAGGGGUGGGGAGAUCGAUCUCCGGCGACCCUCUGA